GACAAAAUUACAAAUUUAGAAAAAAUGAUUUCUGAUUUAGAAAAAAUAAUUAAACAAAAAGAUGAAAAAAUAUUUGAAGAGGAGAUCAAAAGGCAAAUGAUUGAAAUUGAACGUGAUCAUUAUAAACAUUUAUUGGACAUUCAAGACAAAUGUGAUCAAAAAAUACGGCAAAUUCAAAAUGAAAUUAAACAGAUAAAGACAGAAAUCGAAGCUAAUAUAGAGAUUAUUGGACAAAAAAAUGAUGAAAAAUAUCAACAAUUUGAGACGGAAAAUAAAAACAAAAUUGAGAAUUUAAAAAAAAUUAUUAAUGAAAAAGAAAUAAUAAUAUCUACAAUUGGAAGAGAUAUUACGCGGGUAGUAUUUUUUUCUUCCUUUUUCAGCGCCGCAGGCGAAAAUUUUGCGGCGCGGAAAAUGAAAGGAUUUUGA